AUGAAUUUUCUUCCAUGCUGGCUGCUGCUUUUGGGGUAUGCCGUUCCAUCUCUUGCCGCGACUCCAGAGGAUUGGAGAUCGAGGGCCAUCUAUCAGGUGGUGACGGAUCGUUUUGCAGUUGACGAUGGCUCGACCAAUACCCCUUGUAAUCCGGGGCUGGGCCGCUAUUGCGGAGGAACAUAUCAGGGUCUAAUCAAGCGUCUUGACUAUAUACAAAAUAUGGGGUUUAGCGCAAUCUGGAUAUCCCCGAUUACCAAACAACUCCCCCAGCAUACGGUGGACCUUGAUGCCUAUCAUGGCUACUGGCAGCAGGAUAUAUAUCAGUUGAAUGAACAUUUUGGGGACCCAGACGACCUGAAGGCGCUCUCAAAAGCAUUGCAUGAUCGUGGAAUGUACUUGAUGGUUGACAUAGUUGUCAAUCAUUACGGGUGGGCCGGGCCUGGGCCCACUACAAAUUUCACGGAAUUAUCCCCGUUUAAUGACGAGCGAUAUUUUCACACCUACUGUCCAUUCUCUGAGCCGGACAAUCAGACCAAUGUUGAAGAGUGCUGGCUGGGCGACGAAGUUAUUUCCCUCCCCGACCUUCGGACUGAAGACGACGAUGUUGUGGACAUAUAUUACGAUUGGAUUAAGAGUCUUGUCUCGAAUUACUCUGUUGAUGGUCUUCGAGUUGAUACUGUCUUAAAUGUCGACAAACAAUUUUUUCCAGGAUUCAGCAACGCCGCGGGCGUUUUCUUGACGGGCGAGGUCACGUCCGGGGUCUCCGAUUAUACUUGUCCAUAUCAACAGAUUAUAGAUAGUGUUCUCAAUUACCCCAUUUAUUGGCCUCUGACCCGCGCGUUUACAUCGCCGGACGGUAGUAUUACCGAUUUGCUCGAGGAGAUUUAUGCGGAUCCGACCUUACUUGGAAGCUUUUCAGAAAAUCAUGACGUCCCAAGGUUCCCUUCUCAUACCUCUGAUCUAUCGCUUGCGAAAAAUGUGAUCGCGUAUACAAUGCUCACAGAUGGCAUUCCAAUCAUUUAUGCAGGCCAAGAACAACACUAUUCGGGAGCAUUCAACCCUGUCAAUCGGGAAGCGGUUUGGUCGUCUGGCUACAAUACCGACAGUGAAUUGUACAAGUUUGUCACGACCCUUAACACGAUAAGGAAUUACGCCAUUCGACAAGCUACGAACUAUACAAUUUAUCUCAGUACACCCGUAUUCAAUGACACCAACACACUUGCUCUGCGAAAGGGCUUUGAUGGAACUCAGAGCCUUUUAGUUCUAAGCAAUCUAGGAUCACAGGGGAAGCAUUAUAGUGUGACCCUGGGCGACACUUUCCAAGCCCAUGAACAAGUCACCGAACUAAUUGGCUGUUCCAAUGCAACGACGGAUGGCCAUGGCGGCCUUGCAGUACAGAUGGGCGGCGGAUUACCCAAGAUGUACUAUCCCAGCUCUCUCCUGAAGGAUUCUGGUCUCUGCGGCUUCCUUGGGAAAGCAGCAAAGCCAACGGCGCCGCCUCCAUCGACACCGACACAUGGACCGGUAGCUCCAAAACCCCACCACAAGAGUUCGGCCAACUCUUUGGUGGAAAUGAUUCCACGCCACCACAUCUGCAUAGUGUUUUUGUUUACAUUGCUCAUUCGGGGGAUUAUCGACUUCAGCUCUGGCAAAUGA